AUGGUACUCCAAGUUACUAACCCGAAUAACGUUAAGAUAUACACAGUUUCUGGUUCAGGAACACGCUCGAUACCAGAUUGGCUUGCUCGAAGAAGGAAAAAAACUCUGAAAGAUGAUCCAGAAUGGAGGUCACGCAUUGAACUAAUUCAGGACUUUGAAUUUCCUGAGGCUUCUAUUAAAGUAAAAACCACGGCUGAUAAUAAAUUUGUGAUCGCAACUGGAGUCUAUAAGCCGCAAAUGCGAGUUUUCGAAUUUUCAGAGACAUCGAUGAAAUUCGAUCGUCAUACAGAUGCUGAAAAUAUAAAUUUCAUAACGUUGUCAGAUGAUUGGACAAAAUCAGUAUUACUACAGAAUGACCGAACAAUUGAAUUUCAUGCACAAGGAGGUUUACAUUAUAAGACUCGAAUACCAAAAUUUGGGAGGGAUUUGGCGUACCAUUUUCCUACCUGCGAUCUUCUUAUAGCAGCAUCAUCUAGUGAAAUAUAUCGCCUGAAUUUAGGUCAAGGGCGUUUUCUGAACUCUAUAAUGACAGACGCUGUUAAAGGGGUGAAUGUGAACAUUAUAAAUCCGGCGCAUCAAUUAUUCGGAUUCGGAACUGAAGAUGGGACUGUGGAAUUCUGGGAUCCACGAUCCAGAUCACGCGUAGGCUUGCUGACUCCACAAUUAUCAUCAUCUUUAGGCAGUGAAAAUAGCGUCAUUAACGCUAUUACAACGGACAUCCAAAUAACUUCAAUGAAAUUUCGAGAUGACGGACUUGGCCUAGCUGUUGGAACAUCCAGUGGUCACAUUUUGCUGUAUGAUAUACGUAGUUCCUCACCGUGGUUAGUCAAAGAUCAUCAAUAUGGGUAUCCUAUUAAAAGUGUACAUUGGUACAAUAAUGCUGCUGGAGAUAAAGGACGAGGGAAAGUUAUAAGUGCAGAUUGCAAGAUUAUGAAAAUCUGGGAUCGAGAAUCUGGUGCACAUUUUACGUCGGUUGAGCCUCCAAACGAUAUCAAUGAUGUGUGUGUCGUGCCCGAUUCAGGAUUAAUAUUCAUUGCAAAUGAAGGUAUUCAAAUUGGCGCUUAUUAUAUUCCAUCUCUUGGACCAGCACCUCGGUGGUGUUAUUUCUUGGAUAAUUUGACAGAAGAACUUGAAGAAAAUCCGCAAGAGAAUAUUUAUGAAAAUUACAAAUUUGUGACGAGAAAGGAAUUGACAAAUCUUGGCUUGGAUCAUCUUAUAGGCACUAAUUUGCUUAAAGCAUACAUGCACGGUUUUUUUAUUGAUUUAAGAUUAUAUGAAAAAGCAAAACUUAUCGUGAAUCCAUUUGCUUACGCGGAAUAUCGUCAACGAGUAAUUAAAGAAAAGAUUGAAAAAGAACGCUCUUCCAGAAUCAGGGUAACAAAGAAAUUACCUAAAGUUAAUAAAGAGCUGGCUGGUCGAUUAUUGGAAGAUGAAGAGAAGAAAAAGAAAAAACCAAAUGAGAUGUUCGUAAAUCCUCUCAAAGAUAAUCGAUUUGGUCAAUUAUUUACUAAUCCUGAUUACCAAGUUGAUGAGAAUUCAAGAGAAUUCAAACUACUUCAUCCUUCUCUUUCUAAAAAGAAAAACAUUUCAGAUGAGGACGAAGACAACUAUGAUAACGAAAAAAGUGAAUCGGAAAAUAGCGAAAGCGAUGAUGAUGAUUCCAUCUCGUCUUCUAGAUCUGAAAUAGAUAGCGAUGAAGAUCUAAUUACACAACUGGACAAAUUAAGAAAAGUUAGACCAUCGUCUAAGUUAAAAGACGAGCCUAUUCGAUCGUCAAAUACUCAAUCAAAGAAACAAAUAAAUGGCAACAAAUCUCGCAAAAUAGAAAUGAGAACUUUUGAUAGCAUGGAUUCAAACAAAGCAAAAGCUUCGAAACAGACAUUUGGAGAUCGACUUCUUAGAAAGAAAUCACGUCCAGAACCUUAUCAAAUUAAUAAAGUUCCAUUCGGUGGGAUGGAGAUGAGUUUCAAGUUAGAGAAAAAAAAUAAAGGCCAGAAUGGUAGUCGACAAGAAAAUAACUCCAAUGAUAGUAAUGACAACAGACGACGGAAUCGUCGAUCCGCUAGUAAAAAUACAUUUAGAGGAUUCCGUUAA